CCGGAAACGGCACGUUCUUCUCUCAGUCCAGGUGCGGCUUACCUGAGCGCGAGACGGUGGGCAACCGCGCAGCGGAGAUGCGUUUCUAGUGAGGCCAGGAGGACACGAGCGACAUGAGGAACGUGGACGUGUGCCGCCUCGACCUGGAGGACCACCGGGCCAUGAUGAAGACGGGUCUGGCUCUGGUGCUGGUGGGUCACGUGAACUUCGUGCUGGGGGCGCUGGUGCUCGGCGCCGUCCUUCGCCACAUCAGCCUGCACGAGCAGGCGCGCUCCAUGGGCUACGCCGUCGCCAACGUGCUGGCGCUGGCCGCCGGGCUGCUGGCCGUCGUCGCCGGGAUCUUGGCCAUCGUACUUUCCAAGAAGAACAAGUCCAGGGUUCUGGUGUGUGUCCUGCUUGCGGUCGGCCUGCUGGCUGUUCUCCUGUCAGGCUCCGCCAUGGUGGGUCUCAUCGUCGCCCUGGUCUCCACCGUCCUGAACAAAGGACAAGUGCUGCUGACGCACUGCAACCUGGUGGACAGUGUCAGCUACUACAGCAUCACCAACGAGUGUCCCUUUGACCCCACCCGCCUCUACGCCACCACCCUCACGCUGUGGGUGCUGCUCAUCGCCAUGUGUGUCCUGGAGGUGGUCUUCCUGGGGCGCAGCUGCACGGCCUGCGCUUCCUUCCUGUGGCAGCCGUGUCCGUGUGGGAGGAGCAGGAGCAGGAGGAGGAAGGUCGACAACAAAUGGGUGCGCGGGCAGCUGCCAGAGGAAAUGACAUCACUGUCACAGAUGAGGCCGCAGGAGCAGGACGUAGAACCGGAGGAGCAGCAUGAGCUGCUCGCAAGGAAGACAAAGUCCUCUGUGGUCUAGAGGCGCAGUGUGUCAGCAGGGGUCCCCUGAGGUCAAACCCCCCCUUCCGACAGAGAGAUGGACGAGAUGGACGAGAUGGAUGAGCGAGACUUGUCCUCGUGGCGAACAAGAGCGUCUCUUCUUUUAGGUCAUUUGCCAUAACGGUACAUGGAUGUGUGGAUGGUUACCAUGACAACAUGAAGUUUCCCUUAAAACACAUUCUCUCUCUCUGAUACACACACAGACACAAAGAAUCCUGCAUAAGAAGAAAUGUUCCCCUAGAUUGUUCUGCGCUUUUAUAGUUGUGUAACUGCAGUUUGUCUCCUUCCCUCCCUCUUCGUGUCUUUUUGCGGUGCCGUUUCUGUUGUUUAAUGGCGUCGGUGCGACAGGAAGCUGAAUAAACGAGUUUCCAGAGUC